GGUUACACAUCGUUCUGGAAUGAUUGCAUCUCCUCAGGAUUGCGAGGCUGCAUGUUAAUUGAAUUGGCAUUGCGAGGGCGUCUUCAGCUAGAGGCUUGUGGAAUGAGGCGCAAAAGUCUAUUAACGAGAAAGGUGAUUUGCAAGUCGGAUGCUCCUACAGGGGAUGUUCUGCUUGAUGAAGCUCUGAAACACAUAAAAGAGACCCAGCCUCCUGAAACAGUACAAAAUUGGAUUGAACUGCUUAGUGGUGAAACAUGGAACCCAUUGAAGUUGCACUACCAACUACGAAAUGUUCGUGAACGCUUAGCAAAAAAUCUAGUGGAAAAAGGUGUAUUGACAACAGAGAAACAGAACUUCCUUCUUUUUGACAUGACCACGCACCCUCUCACCAACAACAAUAUCAAACAGCGCCUCAUCAAGAAAGUUCAAGAAGCGGUCCUUGACAAAUGGGUUAAUGACCCUCACCGCAUGGACAAGCGCUUGCUGGCACUUGUUUAUUUAGCCCAUGCUUCAGAUGUUCUGGAGAACGCUUUUGCCCCCCUUUUGGAUGAGCAGUAUGAUUUAGCCACAAAAAGAGUGCGGCAGCUUCUGGAUUUAGACCCUGAGGUUGAAUGUAUGAAAGCCAACACAAAUGAGGUUCUGUGGGCUGUUGUAGCAGCUUUCACAAAAUAACUGCAUUCAGACUGAAGUGUUCUCUCUUCUUUCAUGUAAACCAGUUGUUUCUCUUCUAUUGACUAUUCAUGUCUUCUGUAAUUUGUACCUUCUCACAUGAUGAAUCGGCUCUUGUUUAAUGGGAAUUUUAAGUGGUGUAUUCCCUCCUCUGUGUAUCUGUAUACAGGAUUCUGCUGGUACAAGAGACCUUCCUAUUUUAAAACAACAGAGAAAGGUUUAACUGCCAUAUUGGCAUUCCAUUUCCUGUUCAGUUUGAGUUAUCUGAAAUACUUCGUUUAAUCUAUUUUUCAUCGUAUUGUUAUUGAAGUGGUUUAACAUGGAAGGCACCUCAAGAAGGAAAUGUGAAUGCAGUUGGAUCACUAGUCUCAGCUGACACAAAUGUGUGCAUGCAUCAAUACUUCUGCAGAACCAUUCGUAACAGAUUUAAAAGGGCCUUUUAUCACCAAAGCUCCAUGUUGAAGUGUCUGUCAGGACAUUUUAUACACAGAUGUUGUUUCAUUAUAUCUAACAAAAUUACCUUAAAAGCAGAAAUGCCAUUAAGCAGCUUUGUCAAUAGUUCCUGUAAAAUGCCCCAUAAACUUUACUUUUCUUGCCAGUCUUUGUGUACUUAUAUUUUCAUUAGAACAAUAGUUGAGUCAUAAGGCUAGUAUAGAAAGGUCCAAUUGUUUCAUAAACCAGUUUUGGGAUGGGAUACAUUCCAUUAUACUGUAUAUAUCGUUCAAAUUGUAUAUUAACAACUGCCCCAUCUUAGUAUUUUGCAAGAUCUACUUAGUUGUACACCUGGUACCCCUUACUUGCUGUCAGCCAU